AUGGUGACAAAGUUCUACCAACACAUCCUGUCCUUGGCAUUUGCUGUACAUGAGAUCAAUCAGAACUCCAAGCUCUUGCCCAAUGUCACACUUGGGUUCCACAUCUGUGACAACUACUACAAUGAAAGGAUGACCUAUCGUACCACUCUGGAUAUGCUCUAUAAACUGCAUAAAUAUUUUCCCAAUUAUGAGUGUGUCCACCAGAACAACAUAAUGGCUGUCAUUGGGGGACUUGGCUGUGAUCUCUCCUUCCAGAUGGCAAAUAUUCUAGGUCUCUUCAAAAUCCCACAGCUUAUCUAUGGGCCAUUUACUCGAGAGGAGAAUGACAUGAUACAACAGUCCCCUUCCUUUUACUCCAUGGUGCCAAAUGAAAACCAGCAGUAUAUGGGCAUUAUUCGGCUCCUCCAGCAUUUUGGAUGGACAUGGGUUGGGCUUUUUGUUGUGAAUGAUAACAGUGGAGAACAUUUCUUGCAAGUGCUGGAGCUGCUACUUUCCCAAAAUGGCAUCUGUUUGGCCUUUGCGGAAAGAAUAAUAAGCCAAGCCCACUGGAAUAUGCAUCAAGAUGCUCAGGAUUUAAUUUCAAAUGUAUUUCAACCUUUUGCUGAUAGCAAAGCUAGAGCAUCUAUCCUCUAUGGAGAAUCUAGGACUAUUAUCUCAUUGAUCAUCCUUAUAGCUCUAGGAGAUUCUGAAUGGAAAGAAAAUGAAUCGUUAAGAAUGGUAUGGAUUACUACAGCACAAGCAGAUUUUGCAAUGACCACCAUCCAAUGGGUCUGGAAUUAUGAAUUCUUCCAUGGUGCCCUUUCCUUCACGAUUCACACUAAGGAACUUCCAGGCUUCCAAAAAUUCCUUCAAGACAUCAAACUUGAUUGGACUAAACAAGACAGUUUUGUCAAGGAAUUCUGGGAGCAAGCAUUUGUCUGCUCAUUUCCAAAUUCCAGUGAUCACACUGAUGCCUAUAAAUCAUGCACUGGGGAGGAGAACCUGGAGAGUCUCCCGGGGCCUGUUUUUGAAAUGCACAUACUUGGCCACAGCUAUAGCAUCUAUAAUGCUGUCUAUGCAAUAGCCCAUGCUCUGCAUGCCAUUUGUGUAUCUCAAUUCAAACACAGAGAACCCAUUGGUGGGAAAAGAGUUGACCUUCAAGACAUCCAGCCUUGGCAGCUCCACUCGUUUCUUCAACACAUUUUGUUUAACAACUCAGCUGGAGAAACAGUGUCCUUUAAUGAGAAGAUGGAAAUAAAUGCUGGAUUUGACAUUACAAACUUGGUCACAUUCCCAAACAGGUCUUUCCAGAGAGUGAAAGUCGGAGAGGUAAAUGACAAUGCCCUGGAAGGAAAAGAUUUCAUUAUUCAAGAGGAUCUAAUUGUUUGGCAGAAAAGCUUUAACCAGGUGGUACCCCAUUCUGUGUGCAAUGACUACUGCCUCCCUGGUUAUCAGAAGAAAAAGAAGGAAGGAGAGAAAUUUUGCUGCUAUGAUUGCAUCCUGUGCCCAGAAGGAGAGAUUUCAAGCCAAAAGGACUUGGAUGAAUGCACCCAAUGCCCAGAAGAUAAAUAUCCAAGCAAGAACCAUGAUCAAUGUAUUCCAAAAAUGAUAAGCUUUCUGUCUGCUGAAGAACCUUUGGGUAUCAGUUUAGGCUCUAUUGUAGUUGCUUUUUCCCUGUGCACUGUCUUGGUGCUUGGAACAUUUAUAAAGCACAGAGAUACCCCCAUCGUCAAAACCAGCAACCAGAAUAUCACUUUCAUUCUCCUGAUCUCCCUCCUGCUUUGCUUCCUCUGUCCCUCGCUCUUUCUUGGAAGACCUAGAAUGGUGACCUGCUUUCUCCAACAACCAGCUUUUGGCAUCAUCCUCACAGUGGCUGUUUCUUGCAUCUUGGCCAAAACAAUCACUGUAGUUAUAGCUUUCAUGGCCACCAGACCAGGGUCUAAGAUGAGGAAAUGGGUGGGGAAAAGGCUGACCAAUGGCAUUGUUCUUUCAUGUUCCCUUAUUCAAAUGUGUAUUUGUGCAGUGUGGCUAGGAACCACUCCCCCAUUCCCAGCUGUGGACACAAAGUCAAUGACUGAACAGAUAAUCAUAGAAUGUAAUGAGGGAUCUGCAAUCAUGUUUUAUGUUGUUCUGGGCUACUUGGGCCUUCUGUCCCUCAUCAGCUUGGCUGUGGCUUUCCUAGCCAGGAAGUUGCCGGACAGUUUUAAUGAAGCCAAGUUUAUCACCUUCAGCAUGCUGAUUUUUUGCAGUGUUUGGGGGUCUUUUGUUCCAACCUACCUAAGUACCAAAGGGAAAUACAUGGUGGCAGUGGAGAUCUUCUCUAUCUUGGCUUCCAGUGUUGGAUUACUAGCUUGUAUCUUUUCCCCUAAAUGCUACAUCAUUCUUCUGAGGCCAGAGUUAAACAAGAGGGAACAGCUAAUAUGGAGAAAGAAAGAAAUUGUCCUAUAA